AUGAGAUACAGGCUCGGCACCGCUGCCAGCCCCUGCCUGCUGCUGAAAUCUGGGAGCCCGGGGCCGUGCAGGCAGCCGGCCGGGGGCCGCGUGCCACCAGCAUCCCGCAGCGGUGGCCAGGACGGGGCUCAGCCCAGCCCGCUGCUCACGGGUUAUCGGGAGCGGCCGGAUAAGCGCCGGGACAGGAUCCGGACCCGCAGCCCAGAGGUGCAAGGCUCGGGGAGACGAGGUGGGGGAUGUAAAUCUCCUGAUCUGUCUGACUAUAUUUGCCCGCGGUGUGAAUCUGGUUUUAUUGAAGAGCUUCCUGAGGAGCCAAGGAACGCGGACAAUGAGACCAGCUCCUCGACGUCGGCCGGCGACCAGAGCAGGCACCCCUUCGAGAACGUGGAUCAGCACUUAUUCACCUUGCCCCAGGGCUACGGGCAGUUUGCCUUCGGGAUCUUCGAUGACAGCUUUGAGUUUCCGUUCGGGUCCAAUGUGCAGCCGGAGGACAACAGGGACUCGGAGAACCGGAGGGAGCGGGAGCAUCAGUCCCGGCACCGCUACGGUGCGAGGCAGCCGCGGGCCCGCCUGGCCACACGCCGUGCCGCUGGCAGGCACGAGGGCGUGCCCACGCUGGAAGGAAUUAUCCAGCAGCUGGUCAAUGGAAUUAUUGCACCUACAACGAUACCAAACCUGGGACUAGGGCCCUGGGGAGUCCUGCACUCUAACCCGAUGGACUACGCGUGGGGUGCCAACGGCUUGGAUGCGAUUAUUACCCAGUUACUAAAUCAGUUUGAAAACACUGGGCCGCCGCCAGCAGACAAAGAGAAGAUCCAGGCCCUCCCCACCGUACAGAUUGCACAGGAACACGUAGACUCUGGGCUGGAGUGUCCGGUGUGUAAAGAAGAUUAUACAGUGGGUGAGAACGUCCGACAGCUGCCCUGCAACCACCUGUUCCACAACAGCUGCAUCGUGCCCUGGCUGGAGCAGCACGACACGUGUCCUGUGUGCCGGAAGAGCUUAAGUGGACAAAACACUGCCACAAACCCCCCAGGACUCACGGGGAUGAACUUCUCGCCAUCCUCCUCCUCCUCCUCCUCUUCCUCCAGCUCACCAAGUAACGAAAACUCAUCGAACAACUCAUGAAUCUUAAUCCAACCCUCUGUCCCUGGGGCCCUGUCCAUUGUCCUCCCUCCCUCCCCUCCAACGUGCGCGACGCAAGGGGCUUCCAGAGCAGAGCGAGGGGGGGGAGCGCGGGGGAGGCAGCACCCCCAGAGUCCCCUUUUGAGUUCCGAAGACACGGAGAAUCCGGGUCCUUCAGAGACGAGGAGCCUCGCGCUCUGUGGCGGGGGAAGAGCUCUGUCUGUUAAUAAAAACACCCAUUUGCCGCGUGGACUUUCCCCGUUGCAGUGAGCGGUGGCUGCGUGGCCCAGCCGGGAGACCCGAGGCGCUGAGCUACCAGUUGCGAUUCUGAACAGAAAGGUUGUUUGUAUGGUUUGAAUUUGAGAUUCCUUUCUUUAUUUCUUUUGCUCCUCCUCCUCCCCUUGGAUACUGUCUCUUCUGCUUUGGAGAUUGAAGUCUUUAAAACAAAAGCGUAAUGUUACUGCCUCCCUCCCGGCGUCCGCACCCGGCGAGGGCCCUUCGGUGUCACUGAAAAAACGAACUCUUGGAGUAGACCCCGUUACUCUUCCCUGCCCCCUCUCCGGUCCCAUUUAUUUUUCUUUAUAACCUCGCCCUUCUGAUACUCAACACUGAAAGGGUUUUUAUAAUUUUAAAUUAUUACUGCUGUUAAAUAAACGGACAUUUCAGCUC